UGUUUGUGGGUAAUUCCACCCCGAGGCGGUCAUUCCCCCAGGCACUGUGAACCCCGCGUCUGCACAGCGCACAGGACAGGGUGUCCGCACAGGUGUCCGGAGGGCGGGGCAGUGGCCAGCUGCAGGCCUGGCUGAGGGUGGGAGAGGUGUGCCGACACCCGGCAGUCGCUGCGUGCAGAUUCCGGAGGUAUCCGCAUGGUGACGUUUCAUCCCACUUCGGGUUUCAUCCCACUUCGGCCGUUUGUUCCGCACCGGCGCGUCCUCGCCUCCUGGCUGUGCUUCCUCAGGUGCUGCCUUUGGCCCAUCGCGCUCGCCCGUGCCGCAGGGGCUGUUGCUGCAGAAGCGGCCUGAGUGCGACCCGUCCCCACCGGCUGCCGUGUCUUACUACCCGAGGAUGUCCCGGUCCAUGGAGCCAACGGCAAAGAAGAUCUUCAAAGGAGUUUUGCUGGCCGAACUGGUGGGCGUUUUUGGUGCCUAUUUUUUGUUUAAGAAGAUGGAAACGAGCCAAGAUUUCAGGCAAACGAUGAGCAGGAGGUUCCCCUUCAUCUUGGAAGCUUACUACAAAUCCAUCGAACAUUCUGGAAUACAUGGAAUUAGAGAGCAAGACCAAGAAAAAUGGCUCAGCGGCAAAAGCUAGACAACUGGCCCGACAGCCACCCGCCCCACAGUUUCAGACAAGACUGGAAUCCCACCGCUGACACGGAUGGAAUUUGGAAUAUUUACAGGCAAAAAUGUCAACUUGUAAAGUCUAAUUAGGUUUAAGGUUUUAUUCUUUGGAUUAACUAUGAAGAGGCUGAUUGAAAUCAUCCAUUUUAUUAAGGAAAUUAUGUUUUUGCACUACUCAAACUGGUGCUCCUUUUAAAAACCUGUAGUACUCAGCAUAUUUUUAAAAAUAAAUUAGUAAAUGGUUGUAUUUA